GUAACCAGGAAAACGGUUGCCGAGUUGUGGUUUGCAUAUGCGGGACAAGCUUAUAUACAAGCUUAUAUACUCCGUACCCUUCACUCUAUUCUCACUACUCUUCUAAAAGUCAUUCAUUCCUAGGCAUAUCCACGAUGUAACUGCCUCUGAUAUUCCACCAUUACAGAUAUGGCAGCACCCCACUAUAGGUUCGUUUCUGACUUUUCGUAUUACUAUAUCUCCGGAACUUUCAUCCACCAAUCUACAAAUUCUACUACCGAGCCACGAUGCUCGCCCAGCACAGGAUGAUAUUAGCAAGACCCCUAUCAUUUGCCAUCAGAGGCUGAAUAGCACAAUUUGGAGCUACACCUGCUACAUUUGAACUCUCAACUCCAUAAAGACCUACACAAUAUACAUGCUCUUGCCAUUCGGCUGUGGGUUAUUAUCACGGAUCAAAUAUUUUUGAUAUUCAGCCGGACCGGAGAAAUGUCCAUCCCGUGGAUCCCCGACCAAACGCGCUUAGUCACCAGGACUUUUCUGGACUUUUCUUUAACUACCCCUCUACAAACACAAUCGACGGCAGACAGAUUUACAACCUCAAUUGCUCUCUUACCUCUCUUUCGUGUUUUCCUACUACUCUUGGGUUCCGCUCAUUAAAUAUAUCUAAGCAUUGAACCUCUCGACUGCCCGUUCCGUAGCGAUCACGCUUUCCAUGAAGCCAUUAUGGAUCAUAUAGCCCCUAUCACAGUCCUUAUUUCAGGCAAUGGGUCGAAUUUCCAGGCCGUCAUUGACGCAAUUCAGGCUGGAGAGCUCCCCGCCAAAAUAGUCCGCGUAAUAUCUAACCGGAGGGAUGCUUACGGACUCGAACGGGCCAAAAACGCCAAUAUCCCCUCCCAUUACCACAAUCUCGUAAAGUACAAGAAACAGCACCCCGCAACAGAGGAAGGGAUUAAACUGGCUCGUGAGGAAUAUGACAAAGAGCUGGCAAGAUUGAUUUCGGAAGAUUCUCCCGAGCUCGUCGUGUGUCUGGGGUUUAUGCAUGUUCUUUCUCCCGCCUUCUUGGACCCGGUCAAGGGCGCAAAUGUCAAAGUCAUCAACCUGCAUCCCGCCUUACCUGGCGAGUUUACUGGUGCCAAUGCCAUUGAACGCGCCCACGCCGCCUGGCUAGAUGGAAAGAUCGACCGGACUGGAGUUAUGAUCCACGACGUAAUAGCAGAGGUAGACCUGGGACGCCCCAUUCUGGUCAAAGAGAUUCCUUUUAUCAAAGGAGUCGAUGAGGAUAUAAAUGCCCUCAAGCGGAGGAUCCACGAGGUGGAGUGGAAAGUCGUUGUCGAAGGCGUGGGAAUCGCAAUCCGACAACUCCAUCCCACCGGGGAUCCUUCACCUCCAGAAAACAGAGAGGGCAACCAUGGCUCACGAGGGUGAAUUCAAAUAAAGUACUUGGUAGAUUUUGUUAUCUAAAGGUUAAUUUCAUGACUACCCCGUCCCGUCUCUGGCGCGCUUCCGGUGGGAAUGGGAAUGAAGAUAAGGGAAUAUUAUAUUGAGCGGAGGUUCGAAAACACUCUCACAAGACGAAAUUAUGAACAUUUUUGGAUCCCGGGCAUUAACAUGUGCUUGCGAUUGGCGGCACGUUCACAGAAUUGACCGACGACAGAUCAUUUGCUCCACUUUGGUCUCUCCUCCCAGGGGACCAGGUUAGCAUUUUGGGCAGCGUUUGGAAUUGGUACCUGCUGGUGGAAAUAAUACCUCUCUAUAUCUGAGCCCGACUGGAUUGUAAUGGGAACAGGAACAAGCAAGGAGAAGAAGUCAAAAUCUGCGUGAAAGCAGAGAUAGACUCAUAAUUAUUUUCCGUGUCGAAUACUAUUUGAUCAGUGGGUGAAUAUGUACCAACAGCAUAAUCAUAGAGCGUUGAUACGAUAUCAUAUCUUCCGUGGUUCCUGGGACUGCCAGGUUAAUUUUUUGUUCAUCUUCUAGUCGCCAUUCCUAGAAUCGCGCGAAGAUGUCUCUGAUGGAGAACUAUAAUCUCCAGGUUGUUCUCCGUCUAUGGAAUAUUGUCUUUAUAAGGAGGAAAUGCGGUGAACGGGUGCAUAUUUGGUCGGAUCUGGUCAACUCACCACACCCUCAUUUUUCUAUGAUACCAAAUGACUGUUCCACAGGCCUCGUGCGCGCAAAAUGCAAUCACAGAGGGAAUAAUGACAUAGAAGGACAUAAUAAUGUUUUAGAUGGUUAAACCGUUUGUUUUGUAUAUUAGAUUGGGUGGGAUAGGCCUUGCUCCUCACCCUGGUCUGCCCGUAACGGAAAUGGAGAGUACACCGAGCUCCCGGUGGAAAGUUGCUUGGCUGCAUGGCCACGGAGUGCAUGUUGUACAGUACCUGCGCAUGGAUGUAUGAUUUAUGUAUAAAUGCAGGCGGUAUACAUAUGGCUCUUGGGGCUGUGAAAUUGGUGGGGAAGCGAGGCGCUAAUGCCACGGGUACAGGCGCAUCAUGGAAGUGUGAUUUGUUUUUGAAAGAUGCAGCGACGAAAAGGAGCGGAGAUUGUCGAAACCAGGGAGGGAGGGAGAGAGAGAGAGAGAGAGAGAGA